AUGACAGAUUCCGAAAGUUCUAGCGAGUCGAAAAGUUCGAAAAAAUCAAUGUUUGAAGAGAUUCAGGUGAGAUUUGGGCUUUUUUGAAGGGAAAUUUGGGAUUGAAAGCCUGGAAAAAGCCUAGUAGGCCUGAAAAUAUUUAAAAAUUAGCCUAGAAGCCCGAAAAGUUGCUCUAGAGCUAGAAAAAAUGGUCUAGAAUUUAGAUAAAAGACCUGAGAGCUCUAAAAGUGGUCCAGCAGCCUAGAAAUUGGCCAGACGGCCUGAAAUUUUCUAAAAAUUUAUAAAAGUAGCCUUUUACAAAUUUAUCAAAGAUUCUUAUUUGCAGAAAAAUUAUCGAAAUUUUGAAACAGUAAAUUUUUUCUGAGAGAAAAACAUUUUUAUUUUGAAAAUUCAAUCGAUAUUUAAUUAAUUAAUUUAAUUUAUGAUGCCACGUGGUUUUUUUUGAAGAUUUUCAGCUCAAUUUCAGACUAUUUUUCUAAAAAAUCAUUGUCAAUUAUUUUUUGGUGAAGUCUGUGUAUUAGAAACUUAACUUUCACAGAAAAAUUCAUGAAAACUUUGAAACAGUGAAUUUUUUCGGAACAUUUUUUGCCUCACAUUCCCUCAAAACUUCAUUGCCAAGUUUUUUGAGAACAUUUUUUCAUCGCAAAAAAAAUUAGAUUUUUGAUCCAGCUAAUAAAUAAGCUUGUUAAAAAAUCAGAAAACGAAAAUAAUUAAAUUUUUUUGACGAAAUAAAAUAAAUUAAUUUUUGGUACGUACUCUGAUUGAAAAAUUGAUAUUUCAGAGAUCAAAAAAUCUCGAUUUUUCCGAAAAUUAUUGGAAUAUUGCGAAAUUCAGGAAAUUCUCAAAAAUCACAGAUUUUUGAAACAGUGAAUUUUUGGGAAAAACAAGUUUUUCAAAAAUUAAAUUGAGCUUAACAAAAAAAACCAGCAAAUUCUCAAAAAUCAAGAAUUUUUGAAACAGCAAAAAUUCGUAAAAAUUUUGAAACAGUAAAUUUUCAGAAAAACAUUAUAGGUUAAAAAUCUAAAUUUUCUGGCUCAAAAAGUUUUUCAAAAUUUGAAUUUGAACCGAUUGACGUAGCUUCACCAAAAAACCAGCAAAUUCACCAAAAUCAAAAAUUUUUGGAACAGUGAAAAUUUUAAAAUCAAAAUGUUAAAAAAAAUUCUGAAACAGUGAAUAUUUCUGAAGGAAACUACAAAAUAAUUAUUUAUUUUCGAACUUCAAUUUUCAAAUUUUUUUAAAACAGUGAAUUUUUUUUCGAAACAAAAAAUUAUUUUUCAAGAUCUGGGCCUUGAUUCCGGGCUCCGGGCUUUCAGGCUUCUAGGCCACCUUUAAAAACCUUCCCCCAAGUCCCAUUUUCCAGGUCAUCGAACUAAACCGCUCAAACUUCCAACAAAUCUGGCCCUAUCUUCUAAUCUCCAUCAAAUCCGCCGACUUCAUCGGCCUAGAUCUCGAAUUAUCAGGCCUCGGCGGAAAAGGCCUAAGAUCCAAGGAUAUUCAGGAGAGAUAUCAGGCUAUUAGAGAAGCAGCAAAGACACGAAGUAUUUUAUCGCUCGGAAUCGCCACGUUGAAAUUGGUGCAGAAAAAUGAGAAGAAAAAGAGGCUGCGGUAUCAGGCGCAGGUUUUCAAUAUCAUAACAUUAUCCGAAAAGCCCUUCACAAUUGAGCCAAACGCUCUGAAAUUCCUGGCUCGCCACAAUUUCGAUUUCAACAAGCUAAUCAAGCUUGGGGUCCAGUUCCAAGGAGCAUCAGGUCAAUGUCCACUGAAAGCCCUGUUCUUCGAGCUAUUCUCAAGCUCUUCAAGCCUUUGUCUACACAACGGCCUGGUCGAUCUGGCCUUUAUCUACCAGCAAUUUUAUGGCGCCGAACUACCGGAUAAUCUGGAUAAAUUCUGCUGUAAUCUGGCGGAUCUUUUCCCGCUGGAUUUUCUGCCUGUUUUGGAUUCGAAAUAUUUGGCUGAGUACUCGACUCGACUCCCAUCUUCAUAUUUGGAAUAUGUAUUUCGACGUAGCCAGGGGGACAAUUUAUUGGAGAGGGAGAAUUCGCGAUUUUGGGUGGAUGUUGUCUUCCCGGAGCAUCGUAUGGAAAUUGUGAAACAGUCGAUGGAUGUGGUGAAAUGUGCACUGCCUGAUGGAUUUCCGAAUCAUCCGAUUCCUGUCGAUUUGCAUAAUCAUGUUUGUAACUCGUUUGCGGUGAGUUUCUUCAAAUUUUCUCAAACUUCUUCAAAAAAAUCCGACGUGGCAAUUAAUUAAAAUUUUGAUUUGAAAAAAAAUCCACAUUUUUCCUAUCUCAAAAAUUUUUCACUGUUUCAAAAUUUCCAUAAUUUUUGCAAUUUGCAUUUUUUUUAAUGUUAUACCCAUGGGUCUAUUCGAUUUUCGCUGGAAUUUCAAAAUUUUUGAAGCAAAAAUUUUGAACAUGUUUUUUUUUUUUUGAAAAAUUCACUGUUUCAAAAAAUCGAUGAAUUUUUCUUGGUUUUUUGUGAAAAACGAUCUCUAGGGCAAAAACAGCAAUCCAUCAAAAAAAUCCGAAAUUUCAGAAAAAAAUUUUCCACGUCAUAGAUAUGUUUUCUCGAAAUUUUUCUAGAAAUUAGAAUUGAAAAUCCUUGAUUAAUUAGAAAGGACAGAGACAAAUGCCACGGCAUAAGCCGAAAAUUUCAGCUAAUCUCGAAAUUUUGUAAAGAAAAAAUUUCACUGUUUCAAAAUUUCGAUGAAUUUAUCGGGAUUUUCGUGAGAAACGAUUUUUUAGGCGAGAUAUCCAUUAAAAAAGUUCUCGAAAUUUCAGAUUUGUUACAAUAUGAAAAAUUUGCCACGUCGUAAAUAUGUUUUCUCAGAAAAUGAGGUUGAAGCGGAAAUUUCGUUAAUUUUUCGUAACCAAAAAAAAUUCACUGUUUCAAAAUUUUGAUGAAUUUUUCUUGGUUUUUCGUGAAAAACGAUCCAAAAGAAAAUUCUCGAAAUUUAAAUUUUGCCACGUCAUAGAUAUGUUUUCUCGGAAUUUUUCUGAAAAUAAAACUGACAAUCCAUAAUUAAUUAAAUCUCAAAGGACAGAGACAAAUGCCACGUCAUAUGCCGAAAAUUUCCGCUAAAAGCUAAAAUUUCGAAAUUUUUUGUACAACAAAAAAAUCACUGUUUCAAAAUUUUUAUGAAUUUUUUCUGGACUUCUGGUGAAAAUCGUAGCAAUUUUCCAAAAUCUGAAAACAUCUGAAAAUCCACGUGGCGAAAAUAUUUUUUUUGUAAUUUUCAUUGAAAAUUUCAGGAUUUUAUGAGGUUGAAACUAAAUUUUUUGAAAAAUUUUGUGAAAGAAAAAUUUCACUGUUUCAAAAAAUCGAUGAAUUUUUCUUGGUUUUUGUGAAAAACGAUGAAUUGAUAAUAAAUAACCAGCAUAUUCGAAUUUUUCCAGAAUCUGAAAACAGCUGAAAAUCCACGUGGCAAAACAAUUUAUUUUGAUUUUGAUCGAAAAUUCCAGGGUUUCGUAGGUUGAAGCAAACAUUUCGAAAAUUUUUUCUUUCGAAAAAAUUCACUGUUUCAAAAAAUGGAUGAAUUUUUCGGGAUUUCUGGUGAAAAACGAUAUGUGAUCUCCACCAAAAAUCAAUUUUCAGCUCAAAAAAUCCCCUCAAUUUCCAGCAUCACGGCUUCUGUCAAAAUCCUCAAAACUGCGUCAAACUUCAUGACGUGGAUUCGGCCAUCGAUUUGCAGCGAAUCAAGGAAAAUAAGAAGGCUUUCAAAAGGAAACGAAGAUAUCAUAAUAUAAUUUCGGAAGGAGUUGUUGAAGAACAAUUGGAAAAUGAAAUGGAGUGGAAAAAAGCGAAAUUCGAGAAUAAUUUGAAGGUUCGCGAUAUUAAGGAGAAGAUUGUGAAUCGAAUGGCUGAAAAUGGUGAGGGUUUUGGGGAGGAAAUUUUGGGAAAUUGGGCUGAAAAUAUGAUUUUUGGUCAAAAAAUGGCUGAAAAUUCAGUUUUCUUCAUAAUUUUUGACCUAAAAUUAACCUUAAGGUGGGAAACGAGUCUAAAACUGAAAUUUCCGUCUAGAAAGCGCUCAAAAUUGACUGGCAAGCACCUUAAAUUGACCUUAACGAUCUAAGGGAUUUAGGGUACCUUUUAGAGUAGUUUGUGAAUUUUCGGGUGAAAAAUAGGCCUGAAAUCAUGAAUUUUGACCUGAAAAUCCUCAAAAUUCGCAAUUUUCUAUGAUUUUUACUCGAAAAAUCUGAAAUUUUGACUGAAAAUCAAAUUUCCACCUGAAAAUGCUUCAAAUUGUUUCAGGUCUUCAUCGAGCUGGCGUCGACGCUUUCAUGACCGCUUUUUCGGUGAUUUUCCAGCAAAGAUUGGAGCUGGCAAGGGAUAAUUCGGUUUCUGUUGAGGUAAGUCUGAAAAGCCUGGAAAUGGCCCCAAAAUAGUCCAAAAAUUUUGUAUUUAAUAAUCGAAGAAAUAUCUUUCCCGACAAAAAAAAUUUAUCAGAAUUUUGAAACAGUGAAUUUUUUCCCCAGCACGCCAACAAACUUCCUUUAUCCGGAAAAGAUCAGCCACUUCAAUUGACUCAUCGUCAAAUCAUCGGCACCUUCGAAAAUCACGAACAUUUGGAGAAUUUGGCGAAAAUCGAGAAAAAUCGCGAAUUUGUCAGGAAUAAUGCUGCGAAAUCUAUGAAAUAA